AUGGCAUCCAACGGCACAUCGACCUUUCCUGAGCGCCCUUCUGCCUUCCGUUCCCAGUCUAGCCGUCAGAACGGACACUCUGAUACUACUUCUUCUACCACAGCGACCAAGAGCUCAGUCAGCAUGUCUAGCAAUGGAACGCAAUCCUCAUUCGCCGUCAAGGCUGGUCUGGCACAGAUGCUGAAGGGUGGCGUGAUCAUGGACGUCGUCAACGUCGAGCAAGCACGCAUUGCAGAGGAAGCUGGUGCGUGUGCCGUCAUGGCCCUCGAGCGAGUACCAGCGGACAUCAGAGCACAGGGAGGCGUGGCGAGGAUGAGUGACCCUGCCAUGAUUCAGGACAUCAUGCGUGCGGUCACCACCCCAGUCAUGGCGAAGGCACGGAUAGGACAUCUCGUGGAGUGUCAGAUCCUCCAGGCUAUCGGCGUGGACUACAUUGACGAGUCUGAGGUCCUCACACCUGCGGACCCAGUCAACCACGUGGACAAGAACCUGUACAACACACCUUUCGUCUGUGGAUGCAGGAACCUGGGCGAGGCAUUGAGACGCAUCAGUGAGGGCGCGGCAAUGAUCAGGACGAAGGGCGAGGCAGGAACCGGUGAUGUGGUAGAGGCUGUACGACACAUGCAGACCGUCAACGCCGAGAUCGCAAAGGCAUCUUCAGCAACAGACGCCGACCUCAGGACCAUGGCAAGAGAGCUCGAGUGCGACUACGCACUAUUGAAGGAGACCGCCAAGCUCAAGCGUCUACCAGUCGUCAACUUCGCAGCAGGAGGUAUUGCCACCCCAGCAGAUGCGGCACUCAUGAUGCAGAUGGGCUGCGACGGCGUCUUCGUCGGCUCAGGAAUCUUCAAGUCUGGUGACCCUGCCAAGAGGGCCAAGGCUAUCGUGCAGGCCACGACUCAUUACAACGAUCCAAAGGUACUAGCCGAGGUCUCCAUAGGCUUGGGCGAGGCUAUCGUCGGUAUCAACUGCUUCAGCAUGGGUGAGAACGACAAGCUAGCGAAGCGAGGAUGGUGA